UUAGGUAACACGGUCAAGCCCCUUGAGGAAAAUGCACCUGUAAAUUUAGCGCCAAAAAUGGUCGCAUGUGCAUUGUAUGCAGACGCCAUGUUUGAAGUUCUGGCUGAUAGAAAUGGAAAAUGGGGAAAAUAAAACAACCGUUGACGUUAUAGUUAUAAGUGAUGAUGAAGAUCCUGAAGACAAGCAUCCUUUAGACCUCUACCGAGUUGAGGACAAUAGUUUAAAGAACCCUGUGAUUGUCGUUGAAGAGGAUGACACUGUGAACGAAGAAACGCCGGCGGUUGAAGUUUCCGAUGCUAGCAAACCCGAUAAAAAAUCUCAAGCUUCGAGCUCAGUCAGAUGUGUAUAUAGUCCGUCGGGCAAGUAUAAAGUCUCGAAAGAUGGUAUUAAGAAACUGAAGGCUAUGGUUAAAUUAAGAAAGUUGGACUUGAAGCACCGCACGAGACUGUUCAACAUCAAAACUGAAGAUAAUGGAGCUUGUAUUGACAAGAGAUCUUCAGCUUGUAGUGCAUCAGAAGCCAGGGAUUUGAAGUUACAGGUGAAGACAGAAAGAGAUGAUGAGUCCAAAAGUGGACAAUCCCGGACACCAGAAAUGGGGAUUUUUGAGCUAGUAGAAAAAAAGUUCAAUCAUGAAAAACCAAACAUAAAAUCAGAGUUAAACAACAUGGCAUUGUCUGAUUCAAAUUGUAUAAAGAACCAUCGUCACGAAUGUAAUUCCAGCAACAAACUGUCCAAAAAAAUGCCUCCAUCAUCGCCUUCUUUAAAACAGAGUACACUAAGUGCAGAGAGUUUCUCACCAAAGAAGAGGCCUAUGUUGCAUUCAUACCCAAAACAGGAACAGUCUUUACAUUAUACCACACCUCUAUCCUGUAGAGUUCCUUUGAGAAAAUCAGAACUUGAUGGAAGAAGCAAGGAGGAAGGCCUUAUCAAACGCUUCACUGAAAACCAAAUGAAUACCAUUCAAUCUCUAAAGGAGGAGAAUUUCCAUGAGUCCAUCUUGGCUACUGUUGCUAGUUUUAUGCACCAUCACCGUAAGCCUCCACCUGAUCUUUUGUUUUAUCUGCUCAAUAAUAUUCUGCUAUCAAAGCAAAGUAAAUGUGGUACAGAGUGUAUACGAAUUCUAAGGCAAAUUCAAGUCUUACAUCCUGUUGUAGCAAUGGAGAUGAUACGCCAGAAAAUCACAUGGGAAUUUGUUUCGAUGGUGGUGAAGCUAUCAGGAUGUGGACAGGUUCACAAAGCCUACUCUUGCCUUGAGGUAAAUGCAUCAAUGGCUUUGUCUUUCCUUGUCAGUGUAAUGGAGGAGGAAGUUAAGAUAAAGAAGUUCAGCCUUGUGAAGACGAGUGCAAACAGGCUUCUGUCUGUAAGCAAUCAAUCAAGUCACAUUCAUGAUGUGCUCAACUGGAUUGGACAGUCAUUAGCGCAUCACAAAGGAGAGCGAUUAGAUCAAAACUGUGGGCAGAAUUUUUGCCCUCUGUAUUUGCUACAGAGAAUUCUUACGUUGUCACUUUUGGUCAGUGACCGACUGGAGGAUAGUGCAACUAGAAUAGCAGAUGAUUUGGUUGUGGUUUAUGUGGAGCAGCAGUCCAUUACACACAAGACUCUACUCCUGCAGUCUGUUCAGUCCCAUCUUCUGAAGACAAAGCUAAUUGAAGUCAUUGUAACUAACUGUUGUCCACUUGAUGGUGAUCAGUUGAAAGUUGAGGGCAUUUCUAGAGUAGGGUUGAGACAUAUUGUCUUUACCGACUUCAGGCGUUCCCCACCAGCAAAUUCAUCCUCAAUUCAUGGCCUCGACAAUGACCUGUCUGGUAACACUGUUGCUAACACCACCAACUGUGAAGAGUUUGUUAUGCUGCUAGCAUAUUGGCUGCAAAGCUUUGUCUUUUGUCGCAAGAGGUCUCUUAUGAAAACCACUUCAUCUGAUUUGCUGCAAAACUUGUCAAUAGAUGACAUAGACGUUUUGAAUGAGAUUGAUGACGAAGUUCUGAUGCUGAGGGUACGCCUAGAGUCCUUAUGCAACCCUUUGCCUCUGUCCUCAAGAAGCUACCAGUUGUUGGAAUUAAUUUCAUCACUAAAAAGCUUUGCUCUAAUGCUGCCGUAGUUGACAGCUGAAGUGAAGCCUUAUCUUUUUAGCAGCUCUGGCUUGCUGAUUUGUUCUGCGAAGAUUUAUGUGCAGUGUUGCCUAGUAAGCAUAUUAUAAGUUGAAAGAAGUAAAGUUUAAAUGUAUGAGCCUUGUGUUUCUGUUAGAAGAUUAAGAAAUAUGACAGCAUUUCAGGCUACCUGCAGUUAAGUUAGAGUAAAAAGAUUGAAGUCUGGUAUUAUUAUAUCAAGUAUUAUUAAUAAUUGUAAUAGAAUAGAUUGCUUAUGUAUUAGAUGUAUUAGAUUACCUCCAGGUGGGGAGGACUCCCACAUGUCAUUGACAGGGUUGCUUACAAGUUGUGUCUUUUAGUCACCUAAAAUGAGCACUGUUUGAGCUGGCAAACAUAUGACAAUUGAUCAGUAGUUGUUGUGUUGGUAAUGGUACUUCAUGAAGCAGAAUGACAGAUGUUAUCCAGGGAUUUACGUAGAAAGUGUCAAAUUUAGUAUUGAACAUUUAAUUUGUUAUUCGGAGGCAAGGAUUUAUUCUGGACACAUGCACAAGUUAUCUCCUCACAUCUGAUUGGUUCAUAAACAAUGGAAUUGAGUCAUGCUUGGGAGCCAGUACAUACAAUAGUAAUGCUAAUGAGAAGUACCACCUCUAUUGCAGCAUUUUCAUGGCUGACCAUAAACUUUUCAAAGAAAAAUUUCAUACAAAAAUCACAAGCUCGCUUUUAAUGUUUCACAAACAAUGGAAUUAAAUGGGCUAAUGUUACAGCUUGCCCAUUCUCUGAGCCAUGAAACCAUCCCUUUAAAAUUUCUGCUCAACUAAGCCAAUUUUAUGUGGGAGUCCACUUUACAUGUAUUGUUGGCCUAUUACUGUAGUUGCAGUUAUUUGGCUGGUACAGACCCAAGUGGCACUGCAAAUCAU